GUUUGAAAGCCAGGGGGCCGGGCUAGACUGCAAGCAGGAAGUUUCUCUGAAAAGGGAGUGUAUGUGCAUUGGUUUUUUGUGCAUUCAGCUCCAGCUCAUUUCAAUCUGCACUCACCACUCCCCAGGCUGUAAGAAUGCUCCCUUUCCAGGCUGCUCCAGGUCAGUUCGGGCCUGAGGCGCGAGAGCCGGGCCUAAGAUGCUGGAGGGUGGAGAAGAUGAAAGCCGUUCCGAUGGAACCCUCCGAGCUGGGGGCCUUCUUCAACGGGGACUCCUACCUGGUGCUGAGCAACCGAGGAGAGGAGGGGGCUGACCUGCACAUGUGGAUUGGCGAGAAGUCCUCUCGCGACGAGCAGGUGGCCUGCGCCAUGUUGGCCACACAGCUGGACAACUUCCUAGGUGGGGACCCUAUCCAGCACCGCCAAGUCCAGGGCUAUGAGUCACCUGAGUUCAUGAGCCUCUUUCCCAGAGGAGUCAGCUAUAAGGAGGGGGGUGUAGAGUCGGGGUUCCGUAGGACACCAUCUGGUUCUGGUCCGGUCCACAGGUUGUACCAGAUCAAGGGCAAGAAGAAUAUUCGAGCCAAGGAGGUAGAGCUCAGCUGGGCCAGUUUCAACAGGGGAGACUGCUUCAUCCUUGACCUGGGAGAGAUCAUCGUUACAUGGAUUGGCUCCCAGGCAAAUAUUUUUGAGAAACAGAAGGUGCGCGAGAUAGCCACCCUGAUUCGUGACACAGAGAGGCAUGGGAAGGCCCGCAUCACAGAUGUCAGUGAAGGGGAGGAAACGCCAGAGAUGCUGAAGGUGCUGGGUCCAAUGACAGAUCUGAAUGAUAAUACCGCAGAGGAGAACUCCCAAGCUGACUCUCAAGCUGACUCCCAAGCCAACUCCGCCUCUCUGUACAAGGUGUCUGAUGCCACAGGAUCAAUGAAGCUGACCAAAGUGUCGGAGAAAAGCCCAUUUCAGAAAGACCUUCUGGUGCGUGAUGACUGCUUUAUUCUGGACAAUGGCACCAAUGGCAAGAUCUUCGUCUGGAAAGGGAGUGGAGCCAAUGCAGAAGAAAAAAGGGAGGCUCUAAAGAUGGCUGAUGACUUCAUACAGCAAAUGAACUAUCCCAGGAUGAAAACACAGGUGGAGAUCCUCCCCCAGGGCAGAGAGAGGGUCCUUUUCAAGCAGUUCUUUAAGAACUGGAACUGACCUCGCCGAUAACCACAGCAAUUGAGUACAUGUCUCACUCUCAGCAAAUAAACAGCAAGGAAUAUUAUUCUUACUUCAUGUUUAGUCCCACCAAAAAUACCUUUGUAUUUGUAUGUAGUCUGUAUAUAUACACACAGUAAAUACACCAAACACACAUACAUACUGUACAUAUGUAAUACAUACAAGUAUGUAUAUAUGUAUGCAUGUUGGGUGUAUUUACUGUAUGUAUGUAUGUAUGUAUGUAUGUAUGUAUGUAUGUAUAUCCAGAAUGUACCUGUCUGUAUAUAUGUAUGUAUGUGUGUGUACACAUACUAAAUUGAGUAUACCUACACAUGCAUACUAUCUGCCCCCACCAACAAUGGAAUACUCCCCAUCAUGGUUUGCUUUAUAAAUGUGAUGAUAGCAUUGAGAGUUUACAGAGUGCCCUCUGGUGUUUACGGCAGUCAUAACUUUUAUUUUAAAGUGCGCCAAGAUUUACUGCGUAGAUUAGUGAGUUUUUUUACACAUUUGUUUUACAGUAAUAAUGUGUUCUUGCAUAUAGCAGACCGACAACAAAUAUAAUAAAAACAAACAUUGAGCACAAUA